AUGGAUGUCUCUUACUGCUCUUCUCUACAGCUUCAGGAGAACUCUUUUCUCUUUGACUGCGAGUCCAUGCUGGACAAGUGUUACGAACCUCUAGCCUUUGAUCCAGCCUCAGACCCAGGUUACUUCAGCGCUGGUAGCAGCCUGUCUCCUACCUCCUCUGUGGACUCCUUCUGCUUCUCUCCAACCUCCCUCCAGGCUGGAAACAAACAAGAUGCUUUGGACUGUUUCAUCUUCAAAAGCCCUGCAGCCACUCAGCUCACCCAUGAGACACAGUCCUGCUCUGGAUCCUCCAAAACCACUUCAACUCAAAAGAAAUCCAGGUCCAGGUACCCAGGGAAGACACGCCAGACUGCCAGUGAGAGGGAGAAGCUGAGGAUGAGAGAUCUGACUAAGGCCAUGCAUCACCUCAGAAACUACCUGCCAGCUUCAGUGGCUCCUGCUGGUCAGACCCUGACAAAGAUUGACACCCUGCGCCUCACCAUCCGUUACAUCUCCUACCUGUCAGCUCAGCUGGGCCUUAGCGAGGAGGUGCUGGAGCAGAGGAGAUCCCCAGGCUUUGUGGAGCAGCCACAGACCCUCAACCAGUUCCUGGGUCAGCCGAUAGCCGACUACAGAGCACAGGAACCAGAGAGUAACAGCAUGAGCACAGCACAGAUGUCCAGUCUGCAGACUUCAUAUCAGGUUUCUGAUGGUGUUUGCUUCACCGGUGAUCAGUAUUGGCUGCAACAGCAGCAACUCCAGAAUGCCACCUUCUCUGGACACUGCUGA